AUGACUGAGGGAUUGGUCCUUGUUUCUCCUUUAUGGGAAAAAAGCAGUGGGGGACAGAAGACAGGAUGCUGGAUUGCUGCUGGCGUAACAGUGAUCAACGCAAUACGACACUACUGCCUGGAGAUGGGCUGGGCUUUCAACUUUAAGCCUAGCCCAUCCGCACGGGGAGCCCAUCUCUUCUUCGUCUGCGACUGCGAGCGAGCACCGACCCCCGAGCAGAGGGCACAGAGAACGCAAUCUGCAAACGACUGGCUCACAGGCUGGGUUUCGUGGCUCCGCCUUAUCCUAGGACCAGCAGCGGCAGUUGGCGAUGUCCAUGGUGAUCUCUCCCAGACGAGAGCCGCGCUGGUGCUGGCCGGCGUCCUGAGCGCGGAAUCAGAGGGCCAUCUGUGGACAGGCGGACGCACGGUACUUGUUCAAGUUGGUGACAUCCUUGAUCGUGGUGAAGAUGAAAUUGCCAUACUCUCCCUGUUGAGCUCACUCAACAUGCAAGCCAAAUCUCAAGGCGGUGCUGUAUUUCAGGUUAACGGAAACCAUGAAACCAUGAAUGUGGAAGGCGAUUUCCGCUACUGUGAUCCAGGAGGCUUUGAUGAGUGCGUACGCUUCCUUGACUACUUGGAUGAAUGUGACGGCAACUGGGAUAACGCAUUUCUCAACUGGAUAAAUGUCUGUGAAAGAUGGAAGAAAGAAUAUGGAGCUCUGCCUAAUGGCGACUGGCGUCCAUGGGACUUCGUCAAGAAGCAGAAAGGCUUUGCUGCAAGAUCGUCUCUUUUCAAGCGAGGUGGUCCGCUAGCUUGUGAAUUGGCACGGCAUCCUGUUGUCCUCAAGAUCAAUGACUGGAUAUUUUGUCACGGUGGCCUUCUUCCUCACCAUGUUGAAUAUGGGAUUGAGCGUAUGAACAGGGAAGUAUCAAUUUGGAUGAAAUGUUCAGGCGAAGACAACGAUGAUGAGACAGACAUCCCCUUCAUAGCUACUAGAGGUUAUGACAGCGUGGUGUGGAGCCGAUUGUACUCACAAGAUCCUGCUGAAAGAACACGCCGUGCUUUGAUGCUAUCUUCUAUUGUUGCUGAACAAACGCUAGAAGCUGUAGGAGCCAAAGGGAUGGUAGUAGGGCACACACCCCAGAUGCAUGGAGUGAACUGUAAAUGUGAUGGCAAAGUCUGGUGUGUUGAUGUGGGCAUGUCCUCUGGUAUUCUUUACUCAAGGCCAGAGGUCCUAGAAAUAGUCAAUGACAGACCAAGGGUUUUGAAGAAGCGGAGAGAAUUAUAUGAUGAGAUGGAAGUGUUGGACUAUUUGUAA